CGGUGGUACUAUGUCCACACUGCAAGUAUGGACGUGGUGGACAGUUUAUCGCCAGCCCCGGGGACUGACAGCGUCCCCUCCCUAGACUUUGAUCUGAUCACAGACGGGGACUCGGGAAACAUUUGGUGUGAACAGUGUAAAGUCUUUAAAAAGAAUUAUGAGAAGCUGCAGGAAGAGCAUGCUCGGAGUUACAACACACUGAAGAAGAAGAUAAUAUCCACUGACUUGCUUAUCAAGAAGUACAAGACAAAGUGUGAAGAGUAUGACCAGCAGACCAGGAAGUUAGAGGAUGCCAUCAGAAGACAGGAACAGUUACAGAGGGAGACAGACACACUACAAGCCCAGCUGUCCUCAGCACUUCAUCAGAUAGAGCCAAUCAAACAGGUGAGAUAUAUCUACAAACUAAAUCCUAACAGACACACUACAAGCCCAAUUGUCCUCAGCACUUCAUCAGAUAGAACCCAUCAAACAGGUGAGUUAUAUCUACAAACUAAACCCUCACAACAUUUCCAAUGUACAUAGGAACUAUCAAAAUUUCAGAGUGAAUCAGAGAUCUGAUUCAAGUGAGACUGAACAAAGAACAUAGAAAUCAAUGUUUCCUACUUAAAUGGGAAAACAUGAAA